CACUGAUAGCACUGAUAGACAGCACUGAUAGAUGGCACUGACUGGCAUCACUGCUGUGCACUGACUGGCGGCACUGCUAGGCAUUGUGGCACAACUAUUGGGCACUGAUUGGCACAACCACUGGGCACUGACUGGCAGCACUGCUGGGCUGCACUGAUGGGCACAGGUGGGUGGCACUGGUGGGCACAUGUAGGUGGGCACAGGUGGGUGGCACUGGUGGGCACAUGUGGGUGGGCACAGGUGGGUGGCACUGCUGGGUGGCACAGGUGGGUGGCAAUGCUGGGCACAGGAGGGUGCACUGCUGGGCACAGGUGGGUGGAACUGGUGGGUGGCACUGCUGGGCACCGAUCAUCAGGGCACUGAUCAUC